AUGUCGAAGAAACUGGCCAUUGCCACUUUACUCUAUUCUGGGAGUUACUUGCCUGGUGUUUUCACAUUAGGGUACCAGUUGAGAAAGAUAGUUAGGGAUGCAAGAAUAGAGCUGAUAUUACUCGUUAGCAAGGAAUUGUACGACACUACUCUCAGUGAUUCUGCUAAGGAGCUAUUACACUCUCUAUAUUCUGAUAUCAUUGAAGUGGAACCGUUGAACGAUCAUGACGCUGUCAUUAGAAAUAACGCGGCCAAUUUGAGGUUAUUGAGUAGACCAGAACUAGCAUUCACAUUAGUCAAGACAAGAUUAUGGGAACAGACGCAAUACGAUCAGAUUCUCUAUUUGGAUGCAGAUACGUUACCAUUAAAUGACGAAAUUCUUAAUUUAUUUGAUACAAUGCAUAACCAAACGGAAUUACAAAUUGCUGCUUCGCCGGAUAUCGGUUGGCCAGAUAUGUUUAAUAGUGGUGUAAUGGUACUGGUCCCAAACAUUGCUAUUUUUGAAGCAUUGCAUAUCUUUGCAAUUAGUAAUGUAUCCAUUGAUGGUGCUGAUCAAGGUAUCUUGAACCAAUUUUUCAAUCAAAAUUGCAGGGACACGUCUAAAGACGGACUCGAUUCAAGAAAUUGGGUCGUAUUACCAUUUCUCUAUAAUGUUACUACACCAAAUGAUGGAUAUCAAUCUUCUCCUGCUAUGCAAUUUUUCAAAGAUAAGGUUAAAUUGAUUCAUUUUAUCGGGACACAUAAACCAUGGAAGAAGUGGGUUUAUAGACAUGCAGACGGGAAAGAGUACGUCAAAAGAUGGAAUGGUUUAUAUGAGGAAUUCCAGAAAGAGUAUGGUCUAGUACAGAAGUUCAAUAAUUUAUCCACUGUAGUCGAUCAAAAACAAACACCCGAGGUAGAGUCACGAUCUGAUAACUCUCAGCAUAAUUAUGGAGCUGUGAUAGAAGCUUCAGAGAAGCAAUAUUCAAAUACUACAGCUGAUGAAGAGGAAAUAAUGGAACAAGAAGAAUCAGUACCAGAGUAUAUUGAAACAAUGCCAGAGCAUACUGAAAGAGCGUCGGAGCGUAUUGAAACAAAGCAAUAUGUAGCUCCAGAAACCCCAACAUUUAUACCGUUAGAUUUUAAAGAAUGGUUGACGACAUUUAUCAAUAAAGAAAAUUUCGUGCCAGAGCAAGAGGUACACAAUGAAUAUACAGAACAACAGCCACAAACCGCUCCUGAUGAACAUGUAGCGUUUUUUGAGAAAGUAGAAAAGAUUGAGAAUCCAAUUCCCGUCGAAGAAAAUGAGGAAGAAGAAGAAAUAGAAGAGCAACCGGAAGGUUUUACCGUAGAAGAAACCUGCCUGAACGAUAUUGGCUAUCAAGAACCUCAGGUCUAUGUCGAUGAAAACAACGUAGAGGACCUUGUAACUGAGGAAGCUAUGGAUGAUACCGUAAUUGAAUUGCCAAAUUUCAGAUUUGAUUGGGAAGAUGGUAAUUAUCUAAAAAACGUGGAAAGAAGCUUUCCUGAUGAUAUUUUUGAAUAUGAAAUCGAAGAAGAAAGUGUGAAGGUAGUGGAUAAGGAUGAUGAGCCAAUGAAACAAGAAAUCACAAAGGAAGAAAAGGAAGAUGACGGGGAAAAUAACGGCGACGUAAAAGAACAAGAAGCUAAAAGCACAAAACAGCCUGUCGCAUCAUCUUCACAGCUCUUGCACCCAGUGAUUGUACAGAAGACCGAACCUUCAAAAGCCAAGACUUACUUCCCUAAACGUACAAAUAACGUCUCCUAUGCGGACGUUGAUGAGGACGAGGACGACGGCAAAGACAAUGAAGAAAGGUAUAGCAACUUUACAGUCCCGCUCGAUGAACUACAAGAAUUAGACAGAAUACAACCCUCGCAUAACAGUAAAUACUAG